CAUCUUCCCCCCUGCUAAAACCCUCGAAAUCCUCCUUCUCCUCAUCUAUCUGGGUCUUCGCUGCUGCUUCGGCUUCGGUGCUUCUCGCAUGGUGGUUGGUGGACGUGAAGCCGAUACCUCCUAAGCAUCCAUCGCUUAUACUGCCUUUAUCAUCUCUCUCUCUCUCUCUCUCUCUCUCUCUCUCCAAUUCUCAGUGACCGCCUGCAACUAGUUCGAUUCUUGUUGCCCGCCCGUUCUGUCAUUGCCCAGCUGAAGUGAAAGAGGUAUUUGAGUUUCCUCGAUGCCGAAAAAGAAGUCUCUGAAAACUCGCAAGGACAGCCAUGAGAAGCCAGUGGUAGAAGCUACAGAGGUUUCUCCCCAGGCAAAGGAGCCCUCUCCCUUGGGGAAGAAGCCCCAGGAUGAAAUCGAUGAGAUCUUUGCCUCGAAAAAGAGAAAGAAGAGUGAGCAGGAGGAGGAGGAGAAGCAUAAAGAAAACGGGAGUUUGAAACCGAAGAAGCCAAGGAGGAAAAAGACGGAUAGGGGCCUCAAGGAGAACGAGAGUGACGAACCUUCUCGGCCUAGAAGGAGGACGAAUGAUGGGCUUGCUAUCUAUGCAGAAGAGGAGUUGGGGAUCAACAGGGCAGAUGCAGGGGGAACCCCACUUUGCCCAUUCGAUUGCUCUUGUUGCUUCUGAUUUCUAUACUGCUUAUUUAAAACAAUCCCGUUGAUUGGAUUCGGUUCGAAAGCGAAGGUGGUCCCAAUUUGAGUUGCAGUUUGGUUGUGUAAUGUGGCGUUCCGCAUGGUUAGGAAGUUUUGGCAGAAAAGUGACAAUGUCUUUCACUGUAAUCGGCAAUAUACAGCAUUUGAUCUAUGUGACCGUGUGAUAGUACAUUAUAUCAAUGAAAUGAUCGAAGGAGCCAGAUAAUUCAAAGGUA